AUGGAGAAGGGGUCCCUUGAGACCCCGAGCAGUGUGAACGGCAGCUUCUCCGUUGUGGAUCACGACUUGGAAAAACCUCUUCAUACACGAUGCAAGACAAACUCGAAAGCGACGGCCUCUGUCGCCAGGCCACCGCGCGACUGCGCCGACUCCGUCCGCGUGUCGCGCCAGCAUAAGUACCUUGACGCUGACCAGGUCAGUUUUGGCAAGGACGCCACCUCGGCGCUUUGGGUGCCCAAUGCAGGCGGCCCGACGAGCAGCCUACGCACUACCGACGAGGCGUCGUCCACGAAGGGCGGUGACGGCUUCGCUAUGCCGUCGCCACAGACUUGUAUCCCUACCAUCGCGCUGGCCCGAUACGUGCGGCCAAGUAGCGUCGGCGAUGCCGCGCCGGUGAUUGUGCGAGGGCACAAGUACGUCUUCAACAACCGCACCAGGCGCUGGUUGGCUCACCACAUCACAGUUCGCGUCCUGCACCACAACCGCGGCAUCCAUCAGGAUAAAUAUUUCGCCACCUUCGCCGUGGAGUUGCUGGACCUCGUGAAGCCGGCGACACCGAUGCUCGCCAAGGUGUACCGCCACAACAUCGAUCUCGUCUCGGAGACCGACUACUACAGCCUUGGGCAGGCACAGGCGUUGUGCGAGGAGUUCGCACGCGACUACACGCGCACGGCCGCCCGCUCCCACUACGUGAAGUUCCACCUGCCGCUCCUCACCAAUCGCGUCGUGGUCCGCCUCGACAUGGACUCCGUUCUCGACCCGGCCAUUCGCACCGCUCGUAAGGGCUUUUUUUCGUACCGCACCCAGGACACACGGCAGGUAAUGUUCUUGAUGGAGCCAAACACAGUCGCGUGCGAGGCUCUCGGCAUCUCCUUUGCAUCUCGUGAAGUGGACGAGGGUAAGUGCUACAGUCGCGGCGACGCGAUGUGGUCGCGCGACAUCUACCGCGACAUCGCGGACGGCUUUUCGCACUUCACCUACGUCAGGAGUCGCAUGUGCAUGGUGGCGCACGGGUUCAUGCGCAGCAACGGGUAUCUGCUAGAUCCUCUGUUUCACACGACUGACAGUGAGCGGUUCACCAUGGGUGAUGCAGGGAGGAGCGCUAUGGAGGACUGGGUCGAGGGGCAUCGGUGCGGUGACACCUGCCGCGCCCUCGGCAUCUCCAACUUCAACAACGACGGUGAGUGUGUCAAAACGUUUGCCGCCUGUGUCAACCCACUCGACACGGAGGAGAACCACUACACCGAUUUCCUGCGGAGCGUUCGUCAAAUGCGGGUGAUAGUGCACAUGGACGCGGCGGAGAUCUUGAGCGACUACAAGACGGAUUCUGCUGUCGACACCGUCUCGGAAAGCUCUGAUUGGAGGCUCACAAUGGCCGUCCUUCAGCCGGCGCCAGUUUCGCCGGCUCCGCUCAAGGUGACCUGCGACGCCGUGAAGUACGUCUUCCUGCCUACUCGUGCCAAGUGGAUGGAGGUACCGAUGCGGCUUACCGUAUCCGCGUCAGCGGUGCCGGAUACCGUGGACGGGACGUAUGCCUUCUUUGCCAUCGAGGAGGAGCGUGAGGGCGGGCGUCCGGUGCCGAUGCGUGCGCGGUUUCUUCUGCGGCCUGAGGCUCGGGAUGCGGACUACUACCACUUCGGCGACGCCUACUGUGUGUGCGUGACCCUGGGUCAGGCCUUCCGCGAGUACCGCGCGAGCAACGUGUGUGCGCGGGAGCUCGAUUUCUACGCCGCCUAUGCGGUGCGUGUGCCACAGGCCAACAUCCCGGACUGCAUCAAAGCAGCCGUGCACGACUCCGAUUUCUUUACUCGCACCACGGCAGACUCCGGCGACGUGAUGUUCGUUGCUGAGCCGGAGUUUCAGUCCUUCUCUCCACGGUGUUCACCGAAUGCCGACGGCGUGACGGAGGACGCCGCAGGCUUCGACGACCUCGCGCUGCGCCACGUUGUCGACGCCUUCUCGCACUUCACGCUGCACAAGUCGGGCAAUCAUCUGCUGGUGUGCCAUUUCAAGUGUCAGGGCGGUCUCCUCAUGCACCCAAAUAUCAACACUUCCAGUGGUUGCGGGUUCGAGACGCUCAACGACGGCCAGGCUGGCAUCGACGCCUGGGCGCGGGCGCACACGUGCAAUGAUGUGUGCAAGCUUCUGGGGAUGGAGCCGCUGCCGCGGGAGUUGAAGCUGUACGACAUUUCUUCGAGUCCGUUGAUGCGGUACAUCAGGCACGUGCAGGAGCACAAGAUGGGUUCCGACGAGAUGCUCGAGUUGGCGUCGCCAUCGCGCAGGAUGUCGGACGCAAUGCUGCCGGCGGCGUCUGACGCGGCUGCCCGCCAGUCGGAGACGGCAAGUGCGAGCUCUUCUGCCACUGCAUCGACGGCGACAGCCGCCGUCGCCUCCUUUGUGCGACCGACCCCACCGACCUCGGAAGAAACAAUGCUCCGCCCGUGGGUGAAGCGGGGCUGCAAGCCGAGCGCUGCAAGCGCCAAGGAGACGGCAGCGCAGCGCCGCACACUGACGCAGGAGGAGCUGAUGCGCCUCCAGUCGAAGGGGAUCGAUACGAAGUACAUCAUUCCCGCAACGCGCUACGACCUUGAUAUCGACGACUUUACGUGGACGCCCAAGCGCAUCUUUGUGCGCAUCGUCAACCCGGAGCGUGGCAUCGGUCAGGGUGGCAUGCGUGUGUGUUUCGAGGUCGCAGACGUGGACCCCGAUACCUGCAAGGAAUCCGUGAUGGUGGCGAAGAUGUACCGCCGCACGAUCAAGCAUGUCGUGGAGAAGGACUACUUUAUGAGUGUGACGGUGCAGAAGCUGUCCUCGCUCUUCGCGAAGGACUUCAACAAGGAGAGGCGUGAGGGUCGUCCCUUGCUCCUGAAUGUGCUGGAUAGCGCCGUCAUCGCAUUGAACCGUGCGGACUUGUCGGCGGAACUGCUCGCCAAGCGCACGGGCUUCUUCUCCUAUCGCACGGAGGACACGGAGCGGGUGGUGUUCUGCGUGGAGGAGAGGCUGCUUGGUCGUUUCACCAAGUACAACGGCAACAUGGGCGAAGCCUACCCCACAAAUGAAUGCCGCCUCAGUCCUCCCGCCGCCCGCGAGCGCACCAUGGUCUUCGAGGCGGUGGAGGCGCUCUCGCACUAUUCCCUGGAGAGGAGUGAGGGUGGCUUGCUCGUCUGCGACAUGCAGGGCGUGAGGAACGACUUGACGGACCUGGAGGUGCACUCGUACGAUGGCCAGGGCCUGGACAUGGGCAACUUUGGUGCCCGCGGCAUCGAAAAGUUUGCGCUGCGCCACCGCUGCACCAGCGUGUGCAAGAGUCUCAACCUCCGCAACUUGCGCGACAGGCACUUCGUCGUGACAGAUGAUGUGAAGACGAAGAACCGAUUUGUUGCCCUUUUUGAGCGCAUCAAGGAGAUUGGCAACAUGGAGGAGUAA